UCGCACCCCCAGCUCUACUACCCACCUCCGUCGUGGCGCUGCUUCUUCGCUAGCCCCCCUUCCCCCGACUGUCUCCGCGAACCACCCUUUGGUCAACUCGAACGGAUAAUUCUUACAAUGGCACCAGAGAUUGCUACUGGCGGUUCCUCCGCCCCCGAGGGCCUGACCCCGGCUCAAAUGCUCAUGGAACAGCACGACCACCAUGCCACGGUUGAGGACAUUGUCGAUGAGGAGGAUAUUGCCCAUCCCCCCCCGUCGGCUCCUCUCAAGGCCGAUGCAGCUGAUGGUGCAGCUCCUGCUACUAUGCCUAGUGACAAGGCAGCUGGCAAGCAAAAGGCUGGCGACGCGGCUGCUCCGGCUAAGAAGGCCUCUGCCAAUGUCCCAUUGAACACAGCCUCCGAGGAGCUCUUCCCGGCCUUGGGACCCGUCAAACCCCGCCCCCAGGCUUCUGUGCCGCCAGCCUGGGGCAAGAAGCCUGCGUCACUCACCUCGAAUGGACUCAAUGGUUCUACCAACGGACAGAGCAAUGCCACCUCCCGUGCCUCCACCCCGGCCUCCGGCAUGGGCACCCCUGUGUCUCUGCCCGUAGGCCGCGGCCCUGCGCUCCCGUCCAUGUCCCUUCCCGGAAAGCACAAGGAACAGAUCUCAUUCCACCCGUCGCAGCUCAUCCCGCGUCAGCAACUCAAGAAGCCCCUCGGCGAUAUCAUUCGUGAUAUCAACAAGCGGUCUAAGGCAAGGCUGGAACAAAAGUCGGGCCCUGGCGGACUUGUUAUUUUUGAGGCAACUGGACCGGUUGAUGCUGUUCGCCAGUCUCUCAAGGAUAUUGCAAACGAACUUGGUUCGAAGCAAUCCAUUAAGGUCUCGGUGCCUGCCUCUGUCCGCGCCUUCAUCAUCGGUCGUCAAGGCUCUAAAAUCCAGGAGAUCAUCAAACGAACUGGAGCCCGUGUCAACAUUCCAAAGCAGGAAAUUGCAGAGGAUGAGGACUCUAUGGUCGAUGUACACAUCGAGGGGAAUGCGCUCACCGCCGAGAUGGCCCGCCGGGAGAUUGAAGCAAUUGUCAACGAGCGCACCUCCACCGUCAAUAUGCGAUUGAAAGACAUCCCUGCUGAAUACUACCCUUUCCUUGCCGGCCCUCACAAUGCCCUUAUCAACAACCUGGAGCAAGGCCGGGAUGUUCGUGUCCAGAUUCCGCACUACACGACCUGGGAUACUCAAGCCCCUCCCCAGGUCCCACGCAACCAACCAAUUCCCUUCGUUCCUCAGGCAAAGUUCCCCAUUCAAAUCUCAGGAGACCGAACUGCCGCCCAGGAGGUGCAGGCACAGCUGGAGCGUCAGGUGGAGCAGCUCCGCCGGCAAUUGGCUAUCGAACAGCGCUCUAUCGAACGUGGCCGACAUCAGUUCAUCGUCGGUGAUCGCGGAGGUUCCCUACAUGACUUCCUGGAAGAGACCGGCUGUUCUAUCAUCAUUCCUCCAAGCACUGACGAUAGCGAAACCAUCUAUGUCGUGGGCCCUCCGGAUAAGAUCGAGAAUGGUGUGAACAAGCUGGAGGAUCUGGCAGCUAGCAUGCAGAUGGCCAUGGUUGACUGUGCUCGCGAACAUCGUGGCGCACACGCCCAAACCCAUGCUCGCAACUUAACUCGCUAUCUUCGACAACGCCAAGCUCUAGCAGAACUGGAGCGCAUGCACGAGGCGAGCAUUGUAGUACCCACGGACCGCGAUGGUCCAACAGCUUGGGAAAUCUACGCUAGGAACGGUAAGAACACAAUGAAGGCACGUGGAGACAUCCAGAGUGUCUUUGCAGGCCACCCCCCAAGCAGAUUUUCCACCGUUGACGUCGAUCCUUUCUAUCAUCAGUUCCUACAGCAGCGGAAUGCCCAACACAUUCGUGACGACACGGGUGUUCAUGUUGUUUUCCCUUCUGACUCCGACGAUGAGUCUCCUGAGCUUAUCCUUGUAUAUGAAGGCACCACUCCUUCGGCAGAUUAUAUUAUCCCUCGUGGCCCCCCACCGCCCGCCGAGGUACAGGCGUACAAGCAAGCACUUCAACAGGCUCAACAGUUCAUCCAGAGCAUUACGACCGCCCAGCAAAACAUUGUCUCGAGUGAAUUGGAAGCACCACCGAAGUUCCACGACAAGAUUCGCCGAUAUGUAGAUCGAGAACAAUCCUCUCUUCCCCGGGACGUAAUUCCAGUCCAGGUUCUUUUCGGCGACAGACGACCUCAGGCGCGGAGGCAUUCUAACACUAGCCUUGCUCUGCGUGGUCCUUCAAACGCUGUCGAUGAUCUGACUGCAAAGAUCCUUGCUUUCGUUGAGCAAGAAGAGAAGGACGAGCUGGAGCGUGGGUUCACAAUGACUUUCGACUUCCCGCAAAAAUUUGCCAACUUCCUUAUCGGGAAGCGCGGUGAGAAUAUCCGAAAGCUACGUGACGAGUUUGAUGUCGACAUUCAAGUCAAUGACGGGAAGGUUGAGCUCAAAGGCCCGCAGGCAAAGGCCAACGCUUGCAAGACACAUAUCAUGGCUUUGGCAAAGAGACUGGAGGAUGAGGCUACCCAUACGUUGAAGAUCAAGUCUCAGUAUCACCGUGACUUGAUUGGUGCCAAAGGCAGCCAGGUCAAUCGCCUCCAAGACCGGUACAAUGUCCGCAUCAAUUUCCCUCGCACCACCAAUCAUGCCAAUGAUGAUGAUGCUGCGACCGAGGGCGGGGCUUCUCAGAAGAACUUCCGUUCCCAAGGUCCCGACGAAGUCGUCAUCCGAGGUCCACGUAAAGGUGCCGACGAAGCCCGUGACGAGCUCCUGAAUCUUCUCCAGUGGACCAUUGACAACUCGUACUCGGAUACUGUGUCUGUUGCGCAGAGUCAAGUUCCAUCCCUGAUCGGAUCUGGUGGGAGGGAGAUGGAGAAUCUCCGACUUGCUACUGGCUGUCAGAUUGACGUUCCUGGCGCUCGCGAAGGUGCUGACCCAUCAGGUCGAGCGGAGAUAAGGCUUAGGGGAACUAAGAAGCAGGUGGAGGAAGCUAAGAAGCUCCUCCAAGAGCGCGCGAAGGUGUUUGAUGAUACAGUCGUUAAAAUUAUCGAUGUAGACAGGAAGCAUCAUAGGACGCUGAUCGGUGGUAGUGGCUCUAACAUACGCACGAUUGUCACAUCUGCUGGUGGUCCCGAUAACGCUCGUGACCUUGCCCGCAUGGUCCGCUUCCCUCGUGCUGAUUCUGACGAUUCCACAAUUCGUGUCGAAGGACCGAAGGCUGUCGUCGAGAAGAUUGUGGCUUCGAUCCAGGCUCAGGCCGCUUCGCUCGAUAGUCAGAUCACCGAGACUAUCGAUGUCUCUCCAGACAAACACCGCAUCCUAAUCGGUCGAGGUGGCGAGGCGCGCCGAAACCUCGAGAGUCAAUUCGGCGUCCAGCUGGAUAUUCCCAAACAGGGCACCACUGGUGCUGCACGCAACCAGGUCAAGAUCACUGGUGAGCCCGCUCAAGUGGAGAACGCGAAACAGCACAUUCUCGACCUCGUCAAGGGCCAGGAAGGCGAGACAAUCCAGGUUCCACUCCAUCUUCAUCAUUCCAUCUCCGAUAAUGGCCAGUUCUUCCGUCGUCUACGGAACGAGCACAAAGUCACUGUCGAUCACGGAGGUCAACAGGUUCCACCGCGACCGUCUCCUGCGGAAGGCGGAAAGGCGCGCAAAGGCGCUAAUGGUAACACCCUUCCUCUCAUUACAGACGACGACACAGCCUCUGGCGCCGAAGAAAAAUAUUCCUGGGAAAUUGUCGACAAUAACCCCAACCACCCCAGCUCCUCUCCCGCCACAAUUCCAUGGAUCCUCCGUGGCCCUGCCGACAAUCUCCCGCGUGCGCGCCAAGCGGUUGAGUCGGCUAUUGAAGCGAAUUCAAAGCCUUCUUCGACUGGGUAUCUGAUUUUACCGGAUCCGAGGAGUUAUAGGUUAGUUGUGGGGAGUGGUGGUAAUACCAUUAAUGGGAUUAGGAAGAAGACGGGGACGAGAGUGCAGGUGCCAAGGGACCAGGCAAAGGAUGAGGCGAUCGAGAUUGUGGGGACUAGGGAGGGGGUUGAGGAGGCGAGACGGUUGAUAUUGGAGGUUGUGGGGAGGGGUGCGGGUGUGGGGGGAAGGAAGUAGGGAGAGUUGGAAGAGGAUAAGAAGGAGAUGGAGAUGAUGGUGCGGUGAGGCGGUGGGCAGCUGGGGGGAAAGGCGUGGAAUCUUAUGAUGGAUGAUCGGGGUCUGAAAUAUGGCUUCGGGCUUACGGCUU